UCAAGAAUAAUCAGUCUGGGAAAAGAAAAGGUUGGAAGGCCAGGUUGUUUCAAGCAGCUUUUGGGCUUUACCACCACUGCUGCAAGUCCUCAAUUCUCAUCCUCAAGUUCAAGAUUUGCCAAUAAGUUUCUAAUGGCUGCCAUUAGCACUCAAACUGCCUCAUCUUCAUCAUCAGUUUCUUCUUCAACACCAAAAUGGAAAUGCGAUGUCUUUCUCAGCUUUAGAGGUGAGGACACACGCAAUAGAUUUACUGACCAUCUAUAUGUUGCCUUAAAACAAAAGGGCAUUUUCACCUUUAGAGACGAGGAAAAACUUGAGACAGGAAAAUCUAUUUCAUCAGAGCUUUUGAAAGCAAUAGAAGAAUCAAGGUCUGCAAUUGUCAUUCUUUCAAGAAACUAUGCAUCUUCUACAUGGUGUUUGGAUGAACUUGUAAAGAUCAUUAGGUGCAUGAAAGAGAUGAAAAUGAUGGUUCUACCAAUUUUUUAUGAUGUGGAUCCAUCUACUAUACGAAAACAAAUGGGUACUUUUGCCCAAGCCUUUGAUAAACAUGAAGAACGUUUCAAGGACCACAUAGAGAAGGUGCAAGCAUGGAGAACUGCUUUGAUAGAAGUGGCCAAUCUCAAAGGAUGGCAUGUACAAGAUAGGCCUGAGUCACAAAUUAUACAAAAGAUUGUGGGAGAAUUAUGGCAUAAAUUAGGUUAUUCAUUCUUAGAAAAUACCAAAAACCUAGUAGGAAUUAUUUCUAGAAGGGAGAAAUUGGAGUCAUGUUUGGAUUUAGGGUCAAAUGAUGUUCGCAUUAUAGGAAUUUGGGGGAUGGGAGGAAUAGGUAAAACAACUCUUGCAAGAGUUGUUUUUCGUAUGUUUUCAAAUAAGUUUGAAGGUGGUUGUUUUCUUGCUAAUGUUAGGGGAGUUUUUGAAAAAGAUGGUUUAGUACAAUUACAACAACAACUUAUUCUUCAAAUUUUGAAUGAAAAUAUCAGUGUACAAGAUGUUAAUGAUGGAGUUUUUGUGAUCAAGAAUAGGUUGCGUCAUAAAAGAAUUCUUCUUGUUCUUGAUGAUGUAGAUCAAUUAGACCAAUUAAACAAGUUAGCAGAGAAUCAUACUUGGUUUGGUUUAGGAAGUAGAGUUAUUAUAACAACAAGAGAUAAGCAUUUGCUACAGAUCAUUGGAGUUAAUGAAAUAUAUGAGGCUAAAGGAUUGACUGAAGAUGAAUCUCUUCAUCUUUUGAGUUUGAAAGCAUUUAAAAAAGGGCAUCCUCCUGAAGAUUAUCUAAAGCUGUCCAAACACUUUGUAAAUUAUGCUUGUGGGCUUCCUUUAGCUAUUGAGAUUUUGGGUUCUUUUUUGUUUGGUAGAAGUAUCCAUCAAUGGAAAAGUACAUUAAAUAGACUAAAACAGUUUCCUGAAAAAGAUAUUCUCCAAGUACUUAGAAUAAGUUUUGAAGGACUACAUGAAACAGAGAAGGAAAUAUUCCUAAAUAUUGCUUGUUUCUUUAAUCAUGAGGAGAAAAAAGAUGUAGUAGAAAUACUAAAUUAUCUUGACCUUUUUCCAGAUGUUGGAUUGGAGGUUCUUUUUGAUAAAUCUCUUGUUAAAUUCCGGGGUCAUACCUUAUGGAUGCAUGAUUUGCUUCAAGAAAUGGGCAAGAACAUGGUUUAUGAAGAGUGUCCUAAAGAGCCAGGAAAACGUGGCAAAUUGUGGCAGUUUAAGGACAUUGACAAUGUAUUGACAGAAAAUACGGGAACAAAAGCAGUUCAAGGCAUAGUCCUAAAGUUGCAUAAACAAAAAGAGGAAUUGCAUAAACAAAAAGUGGCAUAUUGGAAUCCUGAAUCCUUUUCAAAGGUUCAUGAUCUUAAAUUGCUUAGAAUUGAUAACGUUCACCUUUUGCAUGAGCCCAAAUAUCUUCCUAAUGCCUUGAGAUUCUUGACUGGUGUGAAUACCCUUCAAAAUAUUUUCCACCAAGUUUCCAACAAAAGUCUUUUGAUAGUUUGAAGUUCAUCAAAUUGAAGAAAUCACUAAAAUUGAUUGAAACUCUUGACUUCAAUGAAAUCCCAAAUCUUGAGAAAUUGGAUCUUGAGGGUUGUAUAAAUUUACGUUCCUUGCACCCAUCAAUUGGAGUUCAUCAAAAACUCACUUUUCUUAACCUAGAAGGUUGCAAAAACCUCAGAAUUCUUCCAAGCAAGUUUGAAAUUGAGUCUCUUAAGAUCCUUAUUCUUUCUGGUUGCGCAAAUUUAAAAAGAAUUCCAGAGUUUGGAGAAAAUAUGAAAAAUGUAUCAAAGCUUUACUUGGAUGGCACUGCUAUUACAAAAUUACCAACAUCAAUUGAAAAUUUGACUGGGCUUGUUUCAUUGAAUGUAAAAGAUUGCAAAAAUCUCAUGUCUCUUCCUAGCACCUUUUUUAAUAUGAAGUGGCUCGAAGAUCUCAAUCUUUCUGGAUGCUCAAAAGUACAGGAAAACUUGGUGAUUGAGAAAAGGGUAGAAGAGGUUGAUGUGAGUGGAACUGCCACAGGACUUAUGGCUUAUUCCAAUACUCUUUUUCAAACUCUUAAAACACUAGCUAUAGGUGGAUUUAAGCUGAGAAGUUCCAAUCACAUGGGCUUGUUAACGACUUCAUUAUGGGGCUUGUGUUCUUUGACCUGUCUAAAUCUAAGUUAUUGCAAUCUCAAUGCAAUCCCCAAUGAUAUUUGUUGCUUAUUCUCUUUAAAAUAUUUAUAUCUAAGCGGCAAUAAUUUUAGUUGUCUUCCGGAAAACAUUGCUCAACUAUCUAGGCUGUAUCGGUUGGAGGUGAACAAUUGUACGAGUCUUCUAUCAUUGCCAAAGCUUCCAUUAAAUAUUUCUUAUAUUUUGGGAAAGGGUUGUACCUCACUAGAAACUCUACCAGAUCUAUUACCACCAAAUUCUCCAUUUCAGCGUUACCUCUACCUUACAAAUUGCAGUAAAUUGGCUGAGAAUCAAGGCUUCAUUGACAAUGGAUUGCUGUUUUUUGCAGCGAUAAUAAGUUCCCUUCGGUGCCCUCGCUCUGAUACCCAUUACUACAGAUAUAACGGUGUUAUCCCUGGAAGUGAAAUUCAAAAGUGGUUUACGCAUCAAAGUAUUGGGGAUGAGGCAUGGAUGAAGAGCUGGACGAAGGGAGGGAGUUUUGGGGAUCUUAAAGCACUUCUCAUUGUCCUUUUUCUCUAUUUUAUGGUAUAUUUGGACUUACAGGAACAAGGAAAACCGUGAAGAAAGAGCCUUUCUCUGCCAUUAAUGUGGUCUUGUAUUGUAAAAGUUUGAUUUCAAUGUGCAGGGUAACUUACAGUUCAAAAAACAAAGAAAAGCCUUGAUAGUAGCAGGAUAAGCAAGUGUAGACCUUUAGAGAGAAGGAAAUGCAGGGGAUCCAAGCUUCUUUUGAAAAAAUAGAGAAGUAGAAAUCAUGUGCUGGAAAGCAAGUAAACAUUGAAACUGGAAGCUUUUACUGCCAAAGGCAUGGAUCAUGAGCUGGCUGAUUAGUGGAAAUUUGAAGAACUUAAAGUUCUUCUAGGUAGCUAACAGUUAAGAACUAAAGGAUUGCAUCCACAGUAGUAAAAUAAGCAAAGUCCAGACCUUUAUAGAAUCUUCCAACUGGCAACCAAUCCUGUUUGAGGAGAGCUGCAAGGGUAGAAGAACGAAAUGGAGGGGAUUCAUUCAGUUUUGAUUGUAAACAUAAAGAUGGGUCCAUUUUUGGUUGUUUGAGCUGGACUAGGGAGGCUGGAAUAGAAAUAACACAGAGGUGACAGAUCGAGCUGAUGAAGGACAUUCAGAUGUUUAGGAACCAGUUGACAGAUGUUUCGGGUUUGGAGAGGAGUUCAGACGUCUUCUGACAGAGCCUCAAUCUCCAGCAACCAUUGCUCCUAACUUCUUUAUGAACUUUAGCUUCGAUAACACAGUUGUUGAAUAGAAUAGUACAAUAGUUGUUGAUGAUUCUGCUUUCUUUAAACGACACUGUUUUUACUAAUUAAAUGCCAUGACAGUAGAGUGACGCCCUUUCAUUAAUUUGAUAGUUUUCGCUUGAUAGCUGUUGGUCCUUUCCAGUUGUCAAUGCCUCAUUGGCUCCACGUUAAUAUGAAGAAACUAAUAAUGCUUUUUAA